GAAACGCUGUGUCUGGUAGUGUUGUCUUGCAAUACUGUUGGAACAGGGCCAUCAAUCUUCCACUGUAUAUUUCAGUCAGGGGCUGCAAAGAGGCAAAAAAGAAAACCAAAGCAACAACAACAACAACAACAAAACCCAGCAUGAUCACAAAGUUAUUCACAUAGACCGGGCGAGUGAGUGAGGGAGAGAAAGAGAGCGAGCGAGAGAGAAAGAGAGUACUGGGAAAGCUGGAUCUCGAGAGAAGGAGAGAGAGAAAAGCACAGCACAGCACAGGCAGGCAUUUUAGAAGAGGAAGAAGCAGAGAAACACGUUAAUCUCUGGAUUACUGUCACAAAAGAAUACUGACUCCUGGUGCCAAGAAAUCUUGAUAUAGGACAGUCGUGGUGGCCACUUGUUUGGGGAGCUUUGUUAACGCAGACUUUGCAAAAUGAGAACUCCUUGUCGGAUUUAGUAAGACUGAACACAGAUCAAUAAUGAGCAGCUUGUAAAUCGCCAUUAAAGGGACCACCACAAUGUCCAGACCUACGCAGCCUGUGCCCCAAAACAGGAGGCCGGUGGACAGCCGUCACCACCCUAACCCCCUGCCCAUCCCCAUGCAGCUGGCCAGGGCUCACACGGAUGUAGGAAUUGCGGAUUACCAUCAUCAUUCUAGAGACUACAAUUCUCACAUGUCUCAUGGGGCAAUGUCCCAGCCUUAUAGAAGAAGACCGUCUUUGUUGUCAGAAUUUCAGCCAGGAAGUGAAAGAGGUCAGGACCAGCACCUGAGGUAUGAACAGAUUGGAUACAUCACUGAGUCAAACAGCCAAUCAGAAGCCGAGUAUGCUGAGGCCAAACGACCAAGGUUGGAGCUGGCAGCAGAGUCCUUGAUGCGACACCCUGCCCACCUGUCCUCUUCCCAGCUCGGGGGGGCAGAGGAUGUGUCAAAGGAGCGGGGCGGUGGGAUUGGUAAACUCGAGCCAGUCUCCCCGGUAAGCCCUGCCCAGCUGGAGGGGGAGCUGGACCUGGUACCGGCCCGCUUCUCCAAGGAGGAACUGAUCCAGAACAUGGACAGAGUGGACCGCGAGAUCACCAUGGUGGAGCAGCAGAUCUCCAAACUCAGGAAGAAGCAGCAACAGUUUGAAGAGGAAGUGGCCAAACCCCAAGAACCUGAGCAGCCGAUUUCUCCCCCGCCUAGUGAAGCCAAGCAUCGCAGUCUGGUGCAGAUCAUUUACGACGAAAACAGGAAAAAAGCAGAGGAGGCCCACAGGAUCUUGGAGGGACUCGGUCCACGUGUGGAACUGCCUCUAUACAACCAGCCUUCAGACACCAAGCAAUACCAUGAAAAUAUAAAAAUAAACCAGGCAAUGCGGAAGAAGCUAAUUUUAUACUUCAAGAGGAGAAACCAUGCUCGUAAACAGUGGGAACAGAAGUUCUGCCAGCGCUACGACCAGCUGAUGGAAGCCUGGGAAAAGAAAGUGGAUCGCAUCGAGAACAACCCACGGCGGCGCGCCAAGGACAGCAAAGUGCGCGAGUACUACGAGAAACAGUUCCCCGAGAUCCGCAAGCAGAGGGAGCUGCAGGAGCGCAUGCAGAGCAGGGUCGGACAGAGGAGUGGAGGCCUCUCGACAUCGGCGGCGCGGAGCGAACACGAGGUGUCCGAGAUCAUUGACGGCAUUUCGGAGCAGGAGAACUCAGAGAAGCAGAUGCGUCACCUGGCUGUCAUCCCACCCAUGCUGUUCGACGCAGAGCAGCAGCGAAUCAAAUUCAUCAACAUGAACGGCCUCAUGGACGACCCUAUGAAGGUGUACAAGGACAGACAGGUCAUGAACAUGUGGAGCGAGCAGGAGAAGGAGACCUUCCGAGAGAAGUUCAUCCAGCACCCGAAGAACUUCAGCUUGAUCGCUUCGUUCCUGGAGAGAAAGACUGUGGCUGACUGCGUCCUGUUUUACUAUAUUACCAAGAAAAAUGAAAAUUACAAAAACAUUGUGAGAAGAAACUAUCGCCGGCGCGGAAGGAGCCAGCAGCAGCAGCAGCAGCAGCAGCACCAGCCACAGCAAGUGGGCCGCAGCAGCCAGGAAGAGAAGGAUGAGAAGGAGAAAGAGGGAGAGAAGGAGGAGGAGAAAGCGGAGCUAGACAACGACAAAGAUGACCCUCUAAAGGACAGAAGCGGGGACACCUCAGGAGAGGAAGGGGAGGACAAGGAGCCCACUGUCGCCUUCAAGGGCCGCCGGACCGCCAACAGCCAAGGGCGACGCAAGGGGCGCAUCACUCGCUCGAUGGCCAAUGAGAACGAGGAGGCCGCCACGCCACCGCUCAACAACGAACUUGCUAAUCUGGAGAUGAAUGAAAGCUCUCGCUGGACAGAGGAGGAAAUGGAUACUGCCAAAAAAGGCCUUCUUCAGCAUGGCAGAAAUUGGUCUGCUAUUGCCAAAAUGGUGGGCUCCAAAACUGUGUCUCAGUGCAAGAACUUCUACUUUAACUACAAGAAGAGGCAGAAACUGGAUGAAAUUCUGCAGCAACACAAAAUGAAAGUGGAGAAGGAGCGCAACGCCCGUCGGAAGAAGAAGAACGCAGCGGCGGUGCAGAGCGAGGAGGCCCCGUCCGUGACAGAGGAGGAGGAGAUGGAGGUGUCAGGGGCCAGCGGCAACGAGGAGGAGAUGGCCGAGGACGCAGAGGGUGCAGCCAAUAAUAGCUCAGACACAGAAAGCCUAUCAUCUCCCAGGUCUUCAGAGGACAGCAAAACCAAAGACAACAACAAUGAAGGUAACAGGCCCAAGUCAGCUCCUGGAGCUGUAGUAGAAAACAGCGCUGGACCCAGUGCUGGAUCAGACGACACUGCUGCAGGAGAGCCCCAUAGAAUUCCAGACAAGGCCUGUGCUCAGAGCAGCAAGCCUAAGGAGCAGAACAAGGUGAAAGUGGAAGUCGAGGAGACUCUCAAAGAAGACCUCAUUAAGAGUGAGGCCUCUGAGGACUCAAAGGAGCAGCAAUCAGACUCUACAGAUAAGAAACCAGCAGUGGAUAUUGAGGCAGGCAAAAGGACAGCCAAGGCUAUGAAAGUGGAAAACCAGCAUGGACACAAGGCUGGUGCGAACACGGACAGUGACUCUAGCGCCACCUGCAGUGCAGAUGAAGUAGAGGAGCCGGAUACCUCAGACAAGAACAGGAUGACCUCGCCUCGGCCAAGCCUGCUGAAUUACUCCCACGACAGUGUCAUAAACUCGCCGCUGCAGAAGCCGAUGGACCUGAAACAGCUAAAACAGCGGGCUGCAGCCAUUCCUCCCAUUAUGCCCGAGGUGUCCCUUCAGGGAGCGCCACGCAGCGGCAAGCCUCAGGCUCCUCACCACGCCUUGGCCUUAUACCAGCAACAAAUUACAAUGGUGCAUGAAUCUGUGCAGGAGAAUAAGGCAGCGAUAAAGCAGCAGCAGCAGCAACAGGCUGAAAGAGAGAAACAGCUGAGCAACAGCCCUCGGAUCAAAACCAGGAGCCCUGCAGCCCCCAGCGACAGAGAAGAAAUCAGUGAUAACGAGAGAUGGCUGCAGACUCUGCUACAUGGAUUCCAUAAACAAUCUGCCUACUCUCCAGAAGGGAGGAAGCAAAGUGGGGAGCGGGAUUCGAGACCUACCAGCCUGUCUAGGCCCACACACUCUCCAUACCAGCAUUCUCCAAGAGAGAUGUCCAAAGUCUCCUCUCACCCUGAGCCUCACCUACUGCAUUACAACCAAGGUUAUCAGACAGCGGCUCACAAAAUGCCAAUAAACUUGCAGCAGGACAGCGGUGGACUGGCGGCAGUUAGACCCCUCCAAAUCCCCAACCCCCCUCCACUCAUCUCGUCAACCAAACCCCCCGGCAUGCUGGAGAGGCCGGGGGGCUCCAUCACACAGGGCACACCCGUUCAGCUUCAUAGUUCAGGUUAUGUCUCUGAACAUGGAAAGGACUCUGCAGGUUCGCUCACCCUGGGGAUGCCCUGGAUGGAUCACAAAAAAAUUGUGCCAUUCCCUGCAGUGAAACAGGAGCAGCUUUCACCUCACAGUCAGGCGAUCCAGUCGGAGAGCAUGCUUGCCCAAGGGGCUGCCCAUGAGAGCAGCAUUAUCAGGGGGUCCUCCAUCUCUGCAGUGCAAGGGGGCAGCAUUACCAAGGGAAUCCCUGGCACCAGAAUCCCUCAGGAGGCACCAAUGACCUACAGAGGGUCCAUCACUCAGGGCACUCCGGCAGAGGUCCUGUACAAAGGUACCAUCGCGAGGAUAAUAACUGAAGACAGUCCCAACAGAGCAGAGCGAGUGAGAGAGGAGGCCUUGAGUAAAGGACACGUCAUCUAUGAGGGAAAGAUCGGCCACAUACUGUCCUACGAUGGUGCUGGCCAGAACUCUAAAGAGGAAAGCAGGGGGCCGAGUGCCCCCCCCGAGACGACGGGAGGGAAGCGCUCCUAUGACAUGAUGGAAGGAGGAAUCUCCAGAGGGUUACCUGUACGGGACUCCCUGUCUGUCAACUGUGAAGGGCUGAUUGGUCGAGCCAUGCCACAGGACCGACACAGUCCUCACCACUACAAGGAUGCACAUCACAUCCGGGGAUCAAUCUCACAAGGUAUACCUCGCCACAUGGAGCCCAUGGAGGAUUAUCUCCGAAGAGACGGCAAACAAUUGAAGAGAGAGAACACUCCUCCUCGAGGCCCGCCCCCUGAGGCUCUCAAAGGAAGGCAUGAAGUUGCCACGGUGAAGGAGCCAGGCAGGUCCAUUCACGAGAUCCCUCGAGAGGAGAUGCGGCACAUUCCAGAGGUUUCCAUAGUGACAAAGCCUGCCAAAGAGGGAUCCAUUACCCAGGGCACCCCAAUGAAACACGACAGCGGUUCCAGUAAAAGGCACGAUGUGCGUUCGAUCAUCGGGAACCCCUCACGGUACCACCCGAUGCAGCACCACCUGGAGAUGCUGCAGGACGCGCGGGUUCGCUAUGAGGAGAGCCUCAAGGGCCGGCCCAGCGCGGUGGUCAGCACCUCGGGCUCCAUCUCCCGCGGCUCCCCAGUCAUCAUCACUGAGCCGAGCAAGGCCCACCACAGCCCCCUGGCCUAUGAGGACCACAAGGCCACACACAGGGCCACGUUCGCUGGGCACCCCCACCGCUGCUCUCCUGUGUCGUCAAGGGAAUCCACAGCCAGGCAGCAUGAGAACAGUGGGAUGAGUUCAGGGAAGGCUCAGUCUCAGGAGAGGAAGCCAACGCCCACCCCAAGGGAGGUGAGCGCCAACAAGUCCCCCCACGCCGGCGUCCCGGACCACCACGCCUCACUGGCCUCCUACGAGCAGCUUCUGCGGGGCGUGGGUGCAGCCGAGCUGUACCGUGGGCAGAUCCCCCUGACCUUCGAUCCUGCCUCCCUGCCCAGGGGCAUCCCAAUGGAGCCAGCCUACUACCUUCCUCGGCACCUCGCCCCCAACCACGCCUAUGGGCACCCCUACCCCCCCUACCUGAUCCGUGGGUUCCCCGAGACGGCCGCACUGGAAAACAGACAGACCAUCCUCAACGAUUACAUCACCUCUCAGCAGAUGCACCACGCCGCAGCUGCCGCAAUGGCCCAGAGGACCGACCUGCUGCGUGGGCUGUCGCCUCGGGAACAGGCCCUGGCUCUCACCUAUUCUGCAGGCCCGAGGGGAAUCAUUGACCUGUCUCAGGUUCCACACUUGCCUGUCCUGGUGCAGUCUAAUGCUGGUGCAUCAGCGCCCCCUAUGGAUCGGAUCACAUACAUCCCUGGAGCGCCCUCUGCCUACGGGAGUAGGCCUUACAACACCUCCCCUAUCUCACCAGGUGGGCCAUCUCACAUGACCAAAAUGCCUGGGACACCUUCAUCAGAGCGCGAACGAGAACGGGAAAGGGAGCGAGACAGGGACAGGGAGAGAGACAGGGACAGGGACAGGGAAAGGGAGAGAGAGAAGCCUACUCCAUCUGCUGCCAACGAGAAGCAUGCCCCCAUCUGGAGACCCGGCACAGAGCAGAGCAGCGGCAGCAGCAGCAGCAGCAGCAGCCACCAACCCCCCACACAUUCCUACAGCCUCCAGCACUCCCCAGUCUCCCCACGCACCCAGGACAACAUCCAGCAGAGGCCCAGCGUGCUGCACAAGACCCUCCCCCUGCUCACCAGCGAGUCCACCACACCCUCCGUGCUCAGGUCCUUGUCCUCAGCCGGCUCCCCAGCAGGCAGAUACACUGGGUAUAACCCCCAGCUUCAGAGACCCAUCACCUCAGCAGAGACUUACCAGCCAGGCAUGGACCCUGCCAACGUGCCCAAGGGGGACUUAGGGAGGGGGCAGGAGGGAGGCAAGGCAGAGCGCCACCACAGCAGGGCGAGCAGCAACACCAUGAUGCCAAAGCACGCCCAAGAGCACACAGCCUCACCCGCCAAAACCGAGCCCAGGACGUUGAUUGCCACGCUGGGCGCGGGCUACAGCAGCCAGUACCAACCACAACAGGGUCGCAACCAUCAAAUACUACCCCACCAGCACCCGCACACCCUGCCCUCCUCGGACCCGGCAGCCAACGAGCACCCCAGUAGGGACAAUACUCAAAACAAAGCCGUUUCGGUUCAGGAACAGGAGCUCCGAGCACUCGGUAAGACCACCAUGACUGCGGCCAACUUCAUAAACGCAAUUAUCAUGCGUCAAAUUCCUUGCGAUAAGGGGAAGCGAGAAAGAGGCUCGCUCGCUGCCAGCGCCGCUUGUGAUGUUCAACAGAAGAUGUCUUCAGAAUCCCAUCUGCAGCAUUUCCGCAGCGUACCUGAAGGGUACCAGUCACCAGGUCACCCCACGCAGCAGCAGCAGCAGCAGCAGCAGCAGACCUCCUUCAAAGGGCAUCAGAGAGUCGUCACCCUGGCUCAGCAUAUCAACGAGGUGAUCACGCAGGACUACACCCGUCUGUACCCCCAGCAACUGAACUCCCAGCCCCAGCAGCAGGGCUACCCCUACCAGAGCUCCCCAGUGCUGGACCUGAGACGCACCCCCAGUGAGCAGCUCUCCCAGCAGCAGCAGGAGUCUGGCCAGAGCUCCCGCUACACUCCAGAUGGGGCAGGCAUGGACAGGGGCCGUGACAGGUCUCCGCUGCAGAACAAGGUGUCACCAAUGAGUGGGUCAGGAGAUGGCAUUGAACCCAUCUCCCCAGCAGGGGGCAUGUCUGAGCCAGAGCAGUCCCAGGGACUUGGCUGUCACGGGGAUCAGGGAGAUCAAGUAAUGGGUUCGCGCUCUCCGGCGAACAACUCUCAGCCCCCAGCCUUCUUCAGCAAGCUGACGGAGAGCAACUCGGCCAUUGUCAAAUCCAAGAAGCAGGAGAUGAUCAAGAAGAUGAGCGCAGUCAGUGGAAACGAGCCGCACUUCAACACUGGACAGCCAGGAACUGAAAUAUUCAAUAUGCCAGCUUCAACCACAGCAGGGCCAGUCAAUAAUAGAAGCCACACCACUCCAGAACAUUCCAGUAACAACAUAGGCUUGGAGGCAAUUAUUAGGAAGGCCCUAAUGGGUAAAUAUGAUGACCAAGGGGAGGAGCGUGCCGUUGCUAUUAACACUCUGGCUGCCAGUGCAAGUGUGCCUGCUGCUAUCCCCAUUGCUGCUGCUGAUGGACGGAAUGAGGACAUUCACUCCUUGGCAGCUGGAGGGAAGCCAAAGGGCAGCGGCCGGUCGAACAGCCGGAAAAGCAAGUCUCCGGGCCCGGGCCUGUCCGUCGGUGAGAGGCCUUCAUCCGUCUCCUCUGUGCACUCCGAGGGUGACUGCAACCGCCAGACACCACUGACCAACCGUGUCUGGGAGGACAGGCCCUCUUCCACAGGUUCGACUCCCUUUCCCUGCAAUCCACUGACAAUGCAACUCCCCACUGGCCUUGUACCGGCCUCCUCGACGAUCCAGCAAGGCGUUGCGAGCGGUCCGAACAGAGUGUGGGACGAGGAACCGAAGCCACUGCUCUGCUCCCAGUACGAGACCCUUUCGGACAGCGAGUGAGCUGGAGAGACUGCUGGUCUUCUGCAGAUUCAUCACGGACGUUGCCUGGGGAACCAGUUUUAAGAGGAACUGGGUUUUUAUGUCCUUGCUGGCCUUAAGGGGAAACAAACACACACACACACACACACACACACACACACACACACACACACACACUAACAUUAACAUUAAGGUUUUUUCUAUUCUCAAAUCAUUGGCUGUGAACUGGGACUGGCUGACCUUACUGUCAAGACGACCACAAAACAUAUGCAAAGAAUUCUGGGUAAUGAGUACGUGUUUCACCAGCCCUGCCCAACAUACCCACUGGGGCUGAAGCUUGCUGGUGGAAGGUACUGUAGCAACCUGUAACCCUUUAACUAAAACAGCCACAGCGAAUGCUAUUGUUUGGGUAAAUGAACAGAACUGUUGAACUCAUUCAAUUCUAAAUCAGUGUCAGUCAGAGGGGGUGAGAGCGUACAUUCUCAAAGCACUGGAUUAUCAGCUCUGAUAUCUUUAAAACAGCUGAGACUCAACGCGAAAAUAACUGUUCCAGGAGUUUAUUCAGCACGCAGGUGCCCUUCAAUUGCCCCAAAUCCUAUUCGGUUUCAAAGGUUGGUCCUUCUGGUGUAGGGGGCAUUUACAGGUUGGUAAAGCACUCUCAGCACAGGACUGAAGAGGACAGUUCCACCGGGUGUCCAGGUGGCUACACUGUAUCACUUACAUGGUCAACAACUGGAAGUGAUGUAAUCACUGUAUUUUAUGUAUCCUGUGGUUCGAUAAUUGAGGGUUAGCAUCAGAGAGCGCUUACCAAACUAAAUGAACAGUUACAAUUUAUUUUCCCUUUGUUAACCAUUAGAGUGGUCACGCCAGCACAGUUUUUACUGCAGUUUGUGAACAAGCUAUGCAGUUUGUUCUUCAGAGGGAGUCUAAUCAUUUUCUUAUAGAGGCACUUACUGCAAGACGUUCACAUAAUAGAUUUACAUGGUACACCGUCUGUAUAACCACUUGUCACUGUUGCACAAUGGAUCAAAGUUAGUAACAUUUAAGAACAGCCAGGGGAGCAGUGGCAGGCUAGUUUGCUAAGGCCAUUCACAUGCUUACUUGAAUUUUCUCCCGUAACAUUUUCAAAAAAAAUUACAGAAAAGUAAAUGGACCCCCUCUGCUGGUAGCAGUGUGGUAUUACAAUCCUAAGUGCAUGGUGCCACACUGACCUGUCAAUCUGAGAAACGGUUGUACAGCAUGCUGUUGAACCAACGUUAUGCACAUUUCUGUUUAUUAUAAUAAUUGUUGUUGUUAGAAACAAAGUUUUGUUUAUGUACAUUUAUAUAAAAUAUUUUAGUGUUUAAAGUGCCAUUGAUGUAACAUAUACAAUACAGAAGUGAGUUUAUCAAGGGUCUACGCACAAGUGUUUUAAAACACCAAGGUAUGCAUGUUUAAAGAUACUGUAUUAAAAAUCUGAAGAGAUUCCCUUUUUGUUAAAUUACCAUCAUAAUGUGAAACUGCAUUUGCAGUAGAACAAACAAACCUGUUGGAUGUUUAGUUAAUGGUGUUAUAUAAAAUCAAGGCUGUUCAAAAAACAGCGUCAGCACCACGAAGAAAGAAAAGAAGAAGUUAAGUGACUGCAUUUGGUUAAAAUAUUCGUGUGAUUAAACCUAGAAAUCCAUGUGUACUGCUAAGGCUUUACCCUUUUAUGUUAUGCAAAGACUUUUUGAACACAACAGUUCAUGCUAUGUUGUAAUUCCGAUUUCACCUGUAAGCUAGUUUUUAAUUUAUAUACUUUCUUGUAUCAUGCAGUCCGUGGUUUGCAAUCCACCAAAAAAAAAAAUAAUCUUAAUAGCCAAACUUGAAAGCAGUGUUGAAAGCGGUAGAGACAUUGUCAUUUCAAUAUCGUAACAUUGUUUUUAUUUUUAAGGUUAUUGUCCCAAAUACGAAACUUGUAUCGCUGCUGAGAUAUGAAGUGGUAGGAGUGAAGUUUUCAUUUUCUUUUGAAAGUUUGCAAGCAGAGCUGGCUAGUUUUAUGAUGGGAAAAUACUGUACCGUAAAAAUAAAAAAAUAAAAAACACAAUCUGCCCCACCCCCCGCAUACGGUUACCUUCUUGUCUGUAUAAGAUACGUUUCCAGUCAGGCAGAAGGACUCAUCAGUUUACCCUUCGCCAAAUCUGUGUUCCCGAACAUUUCUUGAUCUGAUUGUUUAACUUGCCGAGGUGGAGGUGGGAUCAAUACUUGUGAUCAGUUGUGAUUAAUCCCUUGGUGCUUUACUCAGGUCCCAGAAACACUUAUUAAAUGUAAUCCUGGUCCAUGUUUUUAACCCCUUUUGCAAGUGCGUUUUUAUAAAAACCCGACAAAACGACAGGUGAUAACAGUUGCGAAGACCUAGCUGAAGACAGCCAUGUAGGCUGCUACAAGAGCCUCGACACAAGAUAAAACAGACCUCUAUCCAGUUAACUUUGUGGACUUCUUCAAAAGGAACCAUUAACCAAGUUCAGCACGCAGCUGGUAAACAAUACUACGAAAUACUACACUGUGCUAUACGGUCCUAUCUGUAACUCAGUCCUAUGAAUGAACACUUCUCUAAUACCAGGUCUGUUUUGUCUUAGUGCACCGGUGCCUGCUGGCUGUCAUUGCCAUUGGAGUAGAGCGAUUAGGCUGUUUCUUGUGUCCCGACUAGAAAUCUACAUUAUUAAAACUGGCCGCAAAGCAAAACAUCAGUCGAAUUGAAGGGGAAUUCUAAGGAACUAACAGUACCAGGAACACACUGUUCAUUUUUUUUUCUUUUUAAAACUGUUUUCUUUAAAAAAAAAAAAAAAAAAAAAAAAAAAAUUAAAAAGUCAUUGUUUAAGCGUCUGGUUAUUUCUUUUGGUUUUUUUGUGGAAUGUGUCUGUGCUACCUGCUAUUGUUUCAGUUGAUUGUGCAAUCAGACGAACGAUUUUAUGUUCGAAAGCAAAGUGAAAAAUGUUAGUGUUAAUGUUUUGUUUUUUUUGUAAUUAAAACGAACGAGUAAGGCCAAUCUAUUGUCUCAUCUGUACAACAAGGGGGAAGGAGAAAAAAAAGUCUUGUACAACCAUCAUUGUGCAUAUUGAUCUUUCAAACCCCAGUGUAUGAUAGAAUGGACUGUAUAUAGAACUGAAGAGAUGUAAAUAUUUAUGUGGCUUGCUACAGGGUUGUUUUUCCUCUACAGAAGGAGAUUUUGUUCACUGUUUUACUCAACAUGCCCACCAGCAAGCAUUGUGGGUAGCAGUGUUUUUACACUGCUUUAAUGUUUAAAUAAAAAGCUUAUUGCCAGCAAA